UCAUAGUGGGCUCCAUCCAGUCUACGGAUACCUAGGACCAGACAAUCAGUCGCUGGUCACAUGGAGACUCGGACGGCAAUGUAUGGGGAUCGGAGUCCAGGAAUCCUGGAUCCGAGUGCGGAGAAGGCACGCUAUGAUCAACAACAUAAAACCCCCAGAGCCGAGUCCCGACACUUGUCCAUGUAAACAGACACCUCCACCUCACAAUAGAUUCAGCUUUCACUCAGUCGUUCUUUUUUCUCAUCCUCCUCCCUUUUAGACUCCCUCUUCGAAUCCCCUUUUCUCUGAGAGCAAAUCAAGAAUGAAGCUCGCCGACUAUCUCUUCCAGCGCCUGCACCAACUGGGUGUCAAGUCCAUGCAUGGCGUACCUGGCGACUUCAACCUCACCCUCCUCGACUACGUGCAGCCAAACAACCUCCUCUGGGUCGGCAACGCCAACGAACUCAACGCCGCCUAUGCAGCCGACGGCUAUGCGCGCCUCACCGGUCUCGGUGCGCUGGUGACCACCUUUGGUGUCGGUGAGCUGUCAGCCAUCAACGCCAUUGCGGGUGCGUAUGCCGAGAGAGUGCCCGUGGUGCACAUUGUGGGCAUCCCUACAAGGGCGCAGAUCAACGGGAGGGCCCUGGUCCAUCACACCUUUUGCGAUGGCGAGUUUGGCAGGUUCAGCGACAUGGCGGCGCGGGUCACGGCUGCGCAGACUAGGCUGCUCGAUGCGCGUGUGGCGUGCGACGAGAUUGAUCGGGUCAUUGCCACCUGCAUGAGGGAGUCCAGACCUGUGUAUAUCGAGGUACCCGUUGAUAUGGUCGGCGCUGAGGUCGACGGGUCUGCACUGAAAUCGCCUAUCACAAUUUCUGACGCAAUUCCAUCAUCAAACGUUGAUGCCGCCCUGGAAAAGAUCCUGGCCAAGGUCAAGGAGGCGAAAAAGCCCAUGAUCCUCAUCGACGGCGAGACGCGGCCCAUGGACAUGAUCAAAGGAGUGGAAGACAUCAUGAAAGCCACAAACUGGCCUACCUUUACGACAUGCUUCGGCAAGGGACUUGUCGACGAGACGGUGGCCAACUUCCACGGUAUCAAUAUGGGUGCCUUUGACCUCCAGGAGAGACAGGACUUUAUCAAGGAUGUCGACCUGGUUUUCUCCUACGGACCUCACAACAGCUGGACAAACACGCACGCCUACACCAGCAUCCCAAACCCCGAAAUCACCAUUGCCUUCCAGGACACCAAACUCAUCAUCGGCGGGGACAUCAUUCGAGAUGUUCCCGUCAAAGUGAUAACCGAUCGUCUCCUCGAGUCUUUCGCAGCAGGGUCGUUCAAAAAGUACGACACUUACCCAACCAUCUCGCGCGACUACGCUAUUCCCUACUCUGACGUGUCCGACAACGACAUCCUCGCGCAAGAUCGCCUAUGGCACGUCAUGGCCAACUUCCUACGCCCCAACGACGUACUCCUCGCCGAGACAGGCACACCCGGCUAUGGCGCGCGCGAGAUGCCCCUGCCCAAGGGCGUGCGGCUCUUCAACCCAGCAACAUGGCUGAGUAUCGGGUACAUGCUCCCCGCCACGCAAGGCGCGGCGCUCGCCCGUCGCGACCAGAGCGCCUCGGGCGAGGACGCGCGCACGAUCCUCCUCAUUGGCGACGGUAGCUUUCAGAUGACAGCGCAGGAGCUGGGCACGAUUGUCGCGCACAAUCUCGACGUGGUCGUCUUCCUGAUCAACAACGCCGGGUACACCAUUGAGCGGUGCAUCCACGGGCGGGAGCAGGCGUACAACGAUGUUGCCGACUGGCGCUACCUCGAGGCGCCCAAGUUCUUCGGUGCUAAGGAGGAUACUUUCACCGCGCGGGCCAAGACGUAUGGCGAGUUGAAGAACAUUCUGCAGGACAAGAGAAUGAGUGACGGCAAGGGGUUGAGAAUGGUGGAGAUUAUGCUGGACAAGGACGAUGCACCCAGGGGGCCCUUGGUUGGCCUCAUGGCGAAGCAAAAGGGUACUUAGUCUUUUGGCUAGUCUCUGAAUCCUUCACCAAAGUGCAAAAACUGGCCACCAGAUUUUACGCUGCUCUCGUGAAUCGGAUCAAGUGCUUGCCUCGAUUCUAAUGGCCCUUGCGCCCUGCCCUCUUAUCUGUGCAGAUUUAAUAAGCGCCGAAGAUCGCCAACAGCCGCGUUUACGGCUUUGUGAAUGUAUCCAGCAAGUCCGCCCACCGAACUUGAUGC